AUGCCUCGACUCUCUUUUACAACGCUCGAUGUAUUCACGACAACUCGAUACCUCGGCAAUCCGUUGGCCGUCGUGCAAAUACCUGCUAGGCAAGAUGUCUCUACCGAACAAAUGCAGACUGUCGCUCGGGAAUUCAAUCUCUCUGAGACAAUCUUCCUCCACGAACGAUCGUCUGGAGACGACGAAACGCCGGAAUGGCGAGUCCGCAUCUUCUUAACGAACGCUGAGGUACCCUUUGCAGGCCAUCCUACCAUAGGAGCGUCAUGCUUUGCUCUGGGAACUCUCGCUCAGGGCGCCCGAAAAGGCAGACUAAUAUGCAAUGCCGGGCCCAUCGACGUCGACUAUGCGGAUGGAGCAGCCAAAGCGAGCAUACCGCACAACUACCAUCGACACACUCAAAAUAUUCUAGGGGAUUCCGACAUCUACGCUCUGCUCCCCAGCCUUCAGACAGCGGGCAAGAAACCAUUGUCGAUCGAUGUGCUCAGCCCUGUGAAAGGGAUGAACUUCAUCUGUAUCGAGCUAGCAGACCUGGAGACACUAGGCCAAGUCGGCCUCCCAGGAACAGAGCCCACAGCGCCGCUCGACAACGAAUGGAAUUUGGGCUUUUUCGGCCUUUUCCCCUACGUGAUUACAGAACAGCCUAGCAGCGAGCAGGGCGUGGUUAAAGUGCGUACACGCAUGCUAAUGGGUUCUUUGGAAGACGCUGCGACUGGUAGCGGGUCCUGCGGCCUUUGUGCCUACUUGGCGAUAAGGCUGAAGUUAGGGAGGACGACGACGUUCGAGCUCACGCAGGGGGUUGAGAUGGGCAGGCAGAGCGACAUUGGUGUGGUAUUGACGCUGAACGAGGCGAUGGAUGCCGUGGAAGGAGUGGAGAUGAGUGGGAGUGCUGUGGAGGUCAUGGAGGGAACGAUCGAGGUUUGA